AUGGAGAAUCUACGAUCAUUUCGGCGCUUACGAGUCUGCAAGCCUACCGCCAACAUUGACAUAAUCGAGUUUAAAGAGCCAGAAGAACCCGGGUUUCCGAUUUCAAGUUCUAUUUCCAUCGAAGAAAAGUUUUCUCUCCUGUCGUGCUUCCUGGUAAGCAAACAUUUCCCGCAGCUUCAUCAAGCCGGUUUGUUGGCAAAAGAGAACAGCAAGUCUUAUAUUCGCUCUCGCGAGGAAAAGGGGGAGCUGCUGCGAGAAGACGACGACGAGAGGGGAAGUUCUAUUUCCAUCGAAGAAAAGUUUUCUCUCCUGUCGUGCUUCCUGGUAAGCAAACAUUUCCCGCAGCUUCAUCAAGCCGGUUUGUUGGCAAAAGAGAACAGCAAGUCUUAUAUUCGCUCUCGCGAGGAAAAGGGGGAGCUGCUGCGAGAAGACGACGACGAGAGGGGAAGCGCAUCCAUGGAAGCCACGGAACCCCAGGUUUCGAACCCUGCAUUCAUUUUGCUCGCUGCUGCGGCUCCACUUGUCCUGAUAUUUGCCGCUGGAACUGCUGUGUGGUGCUUGUGUCGUCGUAAAUCGACGGGUGUGGAAAUCGACCCGGAAAAUUCCGAAGGUGUCAAGGGCAACAUCAGGCGUCUGAGUGUCACAGCACACGGGCAUAAUGACCCUGCUUCCGAGCAGUUCCAGCCCUUCUUGACCAGAAACCUGUCCAAUGAGAGUCAACAAAUAGCGAUGGAGUAUCACCAGCAAAACAACCAGUGCAGUGUCGCGGGUCGACAGGGUUUCGAUCGGGACUCAGUGUCGUCUGACACGUCAGUUCAUUCCAGUAAUGGAGGUCGUCGACAGCAGCAACAGCAACCUCACGGCAACGGCAUCGACAAUUCCGUCGGUCCUGUAUGUCCUGUCGCUACCACAUCCGGUGUGAAAAUUUCAAAAUCCGGCAGAGGACGGUUUGCCCAGCGGGAACUGGUCGUGAAAGUCAACAGUGGCUUUGAUUUACGAACAUGA